UCUCUUAUCAGUUCAUAUAACUUUUUACUGAUUAAUAAAGAUUUGAUUUUCUUUGAUCCUUGAAGAAUACAUGGCAUCUAGUUCAGAUUCAUCAGUUCAAAAGAGGUUCAAGUAUGAUGUAUUUUUGAGUUUUAGGGGUGAAGACACCCGCAAGAACUUUGUUGAUCAUCUAUAUUACGCCCUGCACCAAAAAGGAAUUACAACUUACAAAAAUGAUGAGAAGGUCAAGAAAAGGAAAAGGAUCAUAGAUCACCUCAUCAAAGCCAUUGAAGAAUCGAAAAUUCACAUAAUUGUAUUCUCCAAGAACUAUGCAUCUUCAUCAUGGUGCUUAGACGAGCUCAUAAAGAUUAUGGAGUGCCACAAGACAGCCAAGCAGAAUGCUUACCCCGUCUUCUAUGAUGUUGAACCCAACGAAGUCCGCAACCAAAGUGGCGCAGUUGGAAAAGCCUUUGCGAAACAUAAAAAGACAGCGGCGGCUGAGAGAUGGAGAAAUGCUCUCAAAGAAGCAGCCAACCUGGCUGGUUGGGCGUUGAAGGCCAUUGAUGAUGGGCAUGGAGAAAAAUUUAUCCAAAUGAUUGUUAAAGAUAUCUCACUAAAGACACAUUUUAUCAAUUCGAGCGUUGAUCGGAAGUUAGUAGGCAUGGAGACUCGGGUAAAGAAUGUAGUUUCGUCUUUAGAAAUUGAUUCUGAUGAUGUUCGUAUCAUAGGGAUCAAGGGGAUAGGAGGUGGUGGGAAGACCACUUUGGCGAGAGCUGUUUUUGAUCAUAUAUCUAGUUGCUUUGAAGGUAAAAGCUUUGUUAAGAAUGUCAGAGAAGUUUCAAAAGGCUCAUCGUCUGGUUUGAAAGAAUUGCAAAAACAGGUCCUUCAAGAUGCGUUAGAUGAUCAAAGAAUUGAUGUAAAAAGUGUUUCUGAUGGGAAAAAUAUGAUGGAAAGGAUGAUGGGUAGUAGAAAGGUUCUUGUUGUUCUAGAUGAUGUGGAUGAUAUAGACCAACUUGAGGCGUUAGCAGGUAAGCCUACUUGGUUUAAGUCAGGAAGUAGAAUUAUCGUCACAACAAGAGAUGAGCACGUGUUGAUAGCAAGCCGAGUUAAGUUUAUUCAUGAUGUUGAUCUGUUAUCACAUGAAGAAGCAAUUUCUCUCUUCAGUUGGUAUGCAUUUGGGAGAGAGAUUCCAAUUCAAGGGUACGAAGAGCUAUCAGAAGGUGUUGUUGUAGAUUAUGCUGCUGGUCUUCCCUUAACAAUCAAAGUUCUAGGCUCAUUUUUUUGUGGUAAAACCUAAAACAAUUCCGUUAAACGAAAUUUUGGAAAAAAUGG